ACGAUCCAUUAGCUAAGAGAAGGGGACAGCUCAGUCAGGACAGCAAUGGGCCGCAGCCGAUAUUUAUCCCAAAUAAAUCAAACUACCGGCCGGACUCAGUCGUUAGAGAUGGAUAACCGAUAGUUAUGGUGUCUUUUGAUGCGGUUAAACGUUGUAUGUGUCUGUAGUUUUAACGUCAAAGCGGAAGAGUUGCGCUAAACUUAGCGGGAUUGUUCUUCCAGCGGGGAGGAAGUUCGGAAACCGUCCCCGACAUGGAGGACUCCGGGUCGGCCCUGGAGAAAAACGUCGCCGACCUCACGGUGAUGGACGUGUACGACAUCGCCGCGGUGGUGGGCCAGGAGUUCGAGCGGAUCAUAGACCAGUACGGCUGCGAGGCGCUGUCCCGGCUCAUGCCCAAAGUGGUGCGCGUGUUGGAGAUCCUGGAGGUGAUGGUGAGCCGCAGCUGCAUCAGCCCGGAGGCCGAGGAGCUGCGGCUGGAGCUGGACAAGCUGCGGCUGGAGCGGCUGGAGCGGCUGGAGAAGGAGAGGAAGCACAGAAAGGAGCUGGAGCUGGUGGAGGACGUGUGGAGAGGAGAAGCUCAGGACCUGCUCACUCAGAUCGCCCAGCUGCAGGAGGAGAACCAGAGCCUCCUCACCAACAUGUCCAACAAGGACCCCAUGAGUGAGGAGGACCUGCAGAGGCACGAGGGUAUGACGGAGAGAGAGAGGCAGGUGAUGAAGAAGCUUAAGGAAGUGGUGGACAAGCAGAGAGACGAGAUUCGAGCCAAGGACCGCGAGCUCAUGCUGAAAAACGAGGACAUAGAAGCACUCCAGCAGCAGCAGUCUCGCCUCAUGAAAAUCAACCACGACCUGCGCCAUAAGAUCUCCGUGGUGGAGGCUCAGGGCAAAGCCCUGAUUGGACAGAAGGUGGAGCUGGAGGCCGGAGCUCAGACGCGGGGGCAGGAAGUCGGAGCCCUACGACAGGAAGUUGCCCGCUUGAGGGAACGACUUCAAGGAGACUUACCCGGCAAGAACCCCGAGGAACCCUCACCUGCAGAGGAGGCGAUGUGCGAUGAAGACAUGCCGGCUGUGUUCCAAUAUUUUACAAAGGAGGCGCUGUGCGAGGAGGACGCGGGCGGCCUGGACCCCAAGGACCCCAACCGUCCCCGCUUCACCCUGCAGGAGCUGAGGGACGUCCUCCACGAGAGGAACGAGCUCAAGGCCAAAGUCUUCCUGCUGCAGGAGGAGCUGGCCUACUACAAAAGUGAAGAGACAGAAGAUGAGAUCGUCACUCCGUCUUCGUCCCCCUCCCCCGAACUGAGGACUCGCUCCCGGUCUUCUGCCCAGCCAGAGUCCGGAAUCAAACGGCUGUUUAGCUUCUUCUCACGUGACAAGCAGCGCGGCGGGCUCAUGGACGCCGGCCUCGGCUCGUGGGCGAGGAAGGACGACGUGUUCACGGAACAAGCCCAGGAGGCGUUGCAGCACAUGUAGGGUCAGCGGACCGACUCCAGAACUCAUCACUCCAGGCCGGCUCGUGAACCCAAAACCACAACAAGUGACUAAAAAUAGCACGCCAUGCAAUGUUGAGGUCAGACCGAAGGAAGAGAAUGGUCCUGGAGCGAGGCUCCAGCUUAGAUAGGAUUUUAUUUAAACACCUGAGAAUACUAUGUGUAUAUACUGUAUAUCUCGGGCAGCGGCGGCACAUACAGACUUUAAUGAGAGAAUAUGUUGGAGGAGAGGGCAAAAGGUGGAAGGUUAUGGUCUACAAAUCACACGACACCAGAUAGUGACGAUGUUUGCUAUUUUAUGAACGACGAGGGUUUUACGGUUCACCAUCUAUCGUAGAAUGAAGAAAGCAUACAGUUAGUUAUUAUUUUAAUGAGACAUUUAAACGUCUCCCUGUUCACGUGAGCAGCUCGUAGUCUUUGUGUGUCAGAUGUCGCCUCGAAUCACAUUUUAAAAGAAGAAAGAAAAAAUAUAUUUAAAAUAAAACAGAUGCUUUUUAUUCAUAUUCAUGCAACAUGCAGUAAGUACGUAUGGAAGCCCACUUUUGACAAGAAAAGAAAAAACACACAUACAAACAUAAAGGGUUUAACUAAAUGUGAUAAUUCUGACUAUAGUAAAUGUUUCAUUUGAAAUACUUUCUCUUAAUUUUUUACUUAAAUCCAAACUAUGAUUAUAAAUCAUAUAAUAACCUCAAAUAAAACUGAUUGAAAAAGGCUGUGACACUGUUUUCACGAAAAGGUUUGUAAUAAUAAUAAUAAUAAUGGUAAAUCAUCAUCAUUUUGACCCAAUGAAUAAUUUUGCCUUGAGCCCUAUUCACACAGGACAUGUGACCUUGGGACCUUGCAUAGUUUAUAAUAUUAGACUAUUUAUUUAUUUAUAUA